ACUUAUCAUCCAGCUGCUUCUACUUUAUCAUCUAUAUUCUCUCUACGCUCCACUUGAGCUCCAUUAAUUUGCAGCUGCAGAUUGCAUCAUCUCUUUAGGUACCAAAAGAGUGUUUACCACAAAAAUGUCCAUCGAUGAAGUGAAGAUUGACAUGGCACCAGAAAUUGAGUCACAUGACAAGAAAGAUGAACUUACGGCAUCUCCUCCUCAAGAACAAGAUGUAAGAGAUACAACAGCUGCAUCAUCCAGUGAAAUAGUUGAGAAUGAGACAUCUCUUAUUCAAGAAAACGCUGAUGAUACAAGGUUCAAUGAAGACCGUAAAAAAUUGUAUCAAGCUAUACUCCACCAGUCGUGUUGGAACCCUUGGGAUAUGAAAACUGUUGGUAUAUCAGAAAAAGAGGACUACCCUCUCCACGUUGCAGUUAAGGAAAACUACUCUAGUUGUCUCCGUGAACUAGUAGAUAAAAUGCAAAGCGACGAACUUGCUAUUGAAAAUCGUAGUGGCAAUACUGCUUUUUUUAUUGCUGCUGCAAUGGGAAGGGUGGAACAUGCUGAACUGAUGUUUGAGAAGAAUGAAAAAUUAACAAGUAUCCGUGGAGAAAAGGAAAUGCUACCAAUUCACAUUGCAGCUCAGGGCGGNGAUUUGGUUGAUUAG